CGCUGAUGCACUGUUGUAGUGGGGAACAGGAAGUUCCGGUUCGAAACGACAGAACUGUGCUGUUGGGUCGAUAGUGGUUGUGUCCGUUUCAAAUGUAUCAUUGUUGACCGACUCAGAUUAAGUCUGAGGCCGGUAACAUCAACAGUGAGGACAAACCCAGUCUGCUUCUCUCCUUCCACACUGAGUCCAAACCUACAGUCACUGGGUCCUGAUUGUGACAGUGGAGCCCAGUUUGCACUGCAGGAUCCAGAGAUGGCAUCAGUGAAGCUGGAAGACUGCAGUCCAACACUGGAGCUGAAUGUCAACAUUAAAGAUGAAGAAGAGGAGGAGAAGAUUGGGACAAUUGUUAGUCAUGGAUACCAUGUUGAGACAUUCUCUACAUCCAGAGAGCAACAGCAGGAAGAUCAGACAGCUAAGAGGUCUCAUCACUGCCCACAUUGUGAACAGAUUUUCCCAUUUCUAUCAAAGCUAAAAAUACACCUAAAAAUACACACAGGAGAGAAGCCUUACUCCUGCUCUGACUGUGGAAAAUGCUUCAAAACAUCAACGGUGCUAAAACUUCAUCAGAGAACACACACAGGAGAGAAGCCUUUCUUCUGCCCUGACUGUGGAACUCGUUUCUCUCAACUUUCCCACUUAAAAUCACAUGAACGUCUACAUACAGGGGAGAAGCCAUACUCCUGCUCUGCCUGUGGAAAACGUUUUAAAACAUUAUAUGACCUAAAAGUUCACCAGAGAACACACACAGGAGAGAAGCCUUACGUCUGCUCUGACUGUGGAAAAUGCUUCACAACAUCAACUCAUCUAAAAGUUCAUCAGAGAACUCAUACAGGAGAGAAGCCUUAUUACUGCUCUGACUGUGGAAAAUGUUUUAAAACAUCAAAUGAGCUAAAAGUUCAUCAGACAACACACACAGGAGAGAAGCCUUUCUUCUGCCCUGACUGUGGAACUAGUUUCUCUCAACUUUCCCACUUAAAAUCACAUGAACGUAUACAUACAGGGGAGAAGCCAUACUCCUGCUCUGACUGUGGAAAAUGUUUUAAAACAUUAUAUGAGCUAAAAGUUCACCAGAGAACACACACAGGAGAGAAGCCUUACUCCUGCUCUGACUGUGGAAAAUGCUUCACAACAUCAACUCAUCUAAAAGUUCAUCAGAGAACUCAUACAGGAGAGAAGCCUUAUUACUGCUCUGACUGUGGAAAAUGUUUUAAAACAUCAAAUGAGCUAAAAGUUCACCAGGCAACACACACAGGAGAGAAGCCUUAUUAUUGCUCUGACUGUGGAAAACGUUUUAAAACAACAACUCAGCUAAAAGUUCAUCAGAGGACUCACACAGGAGAGAAGCCUUUCUUCUGCUCUGACUGUGGGGCGAGUUUCUCUCAUCUGAGCACCUUAAAAACACACCAACUUAUACAUACAGGAGAGAAGCCUUACGUCUGCUCUGAAUGUGGAAAAUGCUUCAAAACAUCAACUGAGCUAAAAGUUCAUCAGAGAACACACACAGGAGAGAAGCCAUAUUUCUGCUCUGACUGUGGAACUAGUUUCUCUAAAUUUUCCCACUUAAAAACACAUGAACGUAUACAUACAGGAGAGAAGCCUUUCUUCUGCUCUGACUGUGGGGCGAGUUUCUCUCAUCUGGGCACCUUAAAAACACACCAACGUAUACACACAGGAGCGAAGCCUUAUUCCUGCUCUGACUGUGGAAAAUGUUUUAAAACAUCAAAUGAGCUAAAAGUUCAUCAGACAACACACACAGGAGAGAAGCCUUUCUUCUGCCCUGACUGUGGAACUAGUUUCUCUCAACUUUCCCACUUAAAAUCACAUGAACGUAUACAUACAGGGGAGAAGCCUUAUUCCUGCUCUGACUGUGGAAAAUGUUUCAAAACAUUAUAUGAGCUAAACGUUCACCAGAGAACACACACAGGAGAGAAGCCUUACGUCUGCUCUGACUGUGGAAAAUGCUUCACAACAUCAACUCAUCUAAAAGUUCAUCAGAGAACACACACAGGAGAGAAGCCAUACUCCUGCUCUGACUGUGGAAAACGUUUUAAAACAUCAAAUGAGCUAAAAGUUCACCAGACAACACACACAGGAGAGAAGCCUUAUUACUGCUCUGACUGUGGAAAAGGUUUUAAAACAUCAACUCAGCUAAAAGUUCAUCAGAAGACGUACACAGGAGAGAAGCCUUUCUUCUGCUCUGACUGUGGGGUGAGUUUCUCUCAUCUGGGCACCUUAAAAACACACCAACUUAUACACACUGGUGAGAAGCCUUACGUCUGCUCUGACUGUGGGAAAUGCUUCAAAACAUCAUCUGAGCUAAAAAUUCACCAGAAGACUCACACAGGAGAGAAGCCGUAUUCCUGCUCUGAGUGUGGAACUAGUUUCUCUAAAUUUUCCCACUUAAAAACACACCAACUUAUACACACUGGUGAGAAGCCUUACGUCUGCUCUGACUGUGGAAAAUGCUUCACAACAUCAACUCAUCUAAAAGUUCAUCAGAGAACACACACAGGAGAGAAGCCUUAUUACUGCUCUGACUGUGGGAAAUGUUUUAAAACAUCAAAUGAGCUAAAAGUUCACCAGAGAACACACACAGGAGAGAAGCCUUUCUUCUGCCCUGACUGUGUUAAAGGUUUUAAAACAUCAACUCAGCUCAAAGUUCAUCAGAGGACUCACACAGGAGAGAAGCCUUUCUUCUGCUCUGACUGUGGGGCGAGUUUCUCUCAUCUGGGCACCUUAAAAACACACCAACUUAUACACACCGGAGAGAAGCCUUACGUCUGCUCUGACUGUGGGGUGAGUUUCUCUCAUCUGGGCACCUUAAAAACACACCAACUUAUACACACUGGUGAGACUUAUACCCACUGCCUUACGUCUGCUCUGACUGUGGAAAAUGCUUCAAAACAUCAACUGAGCUAAAAGUUCAUCAGAAGACUCACACAGGAGAGAAGCCGUAUUACUGCUCUGAGUGUGGAACUAGCUUCUCUAAAUCUUCCCACUUAAAAACAUGUAUACAAU